UCAGAUGGAAUGGCAGAUCCUGUUAAUUAUGGCAACCCGGAGCGCGACAUCGAGCAAGCACUCACUGCUUUGAAAAAAGGUAGUCAAUUAAUCAAGUACAGCCGAAAGGGAAAGCCAAAGUUAUGCCCGUUUAGAAUUUCACCGGACGAAACAACUUUGAUCUGGUACUCGCAUGGAGAGGAAAGGACUCUGAAAUUGGCUUCAGUUUCACGAAUAAUUCCAGGACAGAGAACUGCUGUUUUCAGAAGGUACUUGCGCCCGGAGAAGGAUUACUUAUCGUUCUCACUUCUAUAUAAUAACGGUGAAAGAUCUCUCGAUUUGAUCUGUAAGGACAAAGUUGAGGCAGAGGUGUGGUUAUCUGGACUUAAUGCGAUAAUCCCCACAGGACAACAGCGUAGGCGCACCCGAAGUGAAAUCCCAGAUUUGCAUAACGGCGGCGAAUUUGGUCCAAGUGGUAGACCAUUUGGCGCAACAUUCGAGUACACUUCGAGUAUUACUCGUGGUAGAGUCUCUGUUGAGCUGAAUCCUCGUGAAUCUUCCGUGAGUUUGGCGAGCUCAGAUGUGGGUUCUGAACGUGCAAAUAUGCAAUUGAGAACAAGUACAGGAGAUGGUUUCAGAAUUAGUGUUUCGAGCACUCCUAGCUGUUCAAGCGGCGGGUCUGGACAAGAUGAUAUUGAGUCACUAGGAGACGUUUAUGUCUGGGGAGAGAUUUGGAGCGACGGGCCCGAUCACGGAUCCACGAGUUCCCCGAGGAAAAUCGAUGUCCUGAUUCCUCGACCAUUAGAAUCAAAUGUAGUACUUGAUGUUCAUCAGAUUGCUUGCGGGACACGCCAUCUGGCCCUUGUCACAAGGCAAGGUGAGGUUUUCACAUGGGGUGAGGAAUCUGGGGGAAGGCUUGGUCAUGGGAGUGAGAGGGAUUUUAGCCGUCCCCAUCUCGUCGAAUUUCUAGCAGUCACGAAUGUGGACUCUAUCGCCUGCGGCGAGUAUCACACGUGUGCAGUGUCUACCUCAGGCGAUCUCUUCAGUUGGGGCGAUGGGACUCACAAUGCGGGGCUUCUUGGUCAUGGCACUCACGUUAGCCAUUGGUUACCAAAAAGAGUGUCCGGCAUAAUGGAAGGAGUUCAAGUCCUGUCGGUCGCAUGCGGAACCUGGCACACGGCGCUAGCAACUUCCAGCGGAAAGUUGUAUACCUUUGGCGACGGGACAUUUGGCGUGUUAGGCCACGGGGAUCGCGAGAGCGUCCCUUAUCCUAAAGAGGUUCAACUUCUGAGCGGAUUGAAGACCAUCAAGGUCGCUUGUGGGUUGUGGCACACCGCGGCAAUCGUGGAAGUGAUGAUGAGCCAGUCAUCCGGCGGCAACAUCUCGUCAAGGAAGUUGUUCACAUGGGGAGAUGGCGACAAAUACCGUUUGGGACAUGGAAACAAGGACACUUACUUGCUCCCUACUUGUGUCUCCGCGCUCAUCGAUUAUAACUUCCACCAACUAGCGUGCGGGCACACAAUGACCAUUGCCCUAACUACAUCGGGCCAUGUAUUCACCAUGGGAAGCACGUCGUACGGCCAGUUGGGGAAUCCGAAUUCGGAAGGGAAGGUGCCUUGCCUAGUGCAAGACAGAUUAGUGGGCGAGUUUGUCGAAGAGAUCUCCUGUGGGGCAUUUCAUGCGGCCGUCUUGACUUCGAGAAGCGAAGUGUACACUUGGGGAAGAGGCGCUAAUGGUCAAUUGGGUCACGGGGACAUCGACGAUCGCAAAAUCCCCACCAUGGUCGAAGCGCUUAGGGAUCGGCACGUGAAGAACAUAUCGUGCGGCUCGAAUUUCACAGCCAGCAUAUGCAUCCACAAAUGGGUAUCCGGAGCGGAUCAAUCUGUGUGCACCGGCUGUCGUCAAGCGUUCGGUUUCACUAGGAAAAGACACAACUGCUAUAACUGUGGCUUGGUCCAUUGUCACGCUUGCAGUUCAAAGAAGGCAUUGAAGGCAGCAUUAGCACCUACUCCGGGAAAGCCACAUCGGGUUUGCGACGCGUGUUAUGCAAAACUAAAAGCUGCCGAAAGUGGCAGCAUGUCCUAUAUGAAAGGAAAAGCCAACACCAUGCGACAGUCAAUCGAUUCUCGGGAGAAAAUGGACAGGGCUGCUGUAAAGUCCUCGAGAAUCCUGCUUUCUCCAACCAUCGAACCGGUCAAGUACAUCGAAGUGAAACCAGGGAAACCGGGAGCUAAAGCCGAGCCCUCCGUGGUACGAGCUUCCCAAGUCCCAUCGCUCUUGCAAUUGAAAGAUAUCGCAUUCCCCAGUUCACUGAGCGCUCUGCAAAGUGCUCUAAAACCGGUGGCUACUAAUUAUACGCUCCCUCAGUCCGCCCCCAACUCCAGACCCGCUUCGCCAUACUCAAGGAGACCAAGCCCUCCGCGAUCCACAACGCCCGUUUUUUCUAGAAGCGUGAUCGACAGCCUCAGUAAAACAAAUGAAUACUUGAAUCAAGAAAUAACAAAGCUACAGAAUCAGGUUAGAACUUUAAAACAAAGGUGUGAUUUACAAGACAUGGAGAUAAAGAAACUGCAUAAAGAUGCGGAAGGAGCUGCUCUUAAGGCUGAGCAAGAGUCUUCUCAAUGUACCAAAGCCAAGGAAGUUGUCAAUUCUGUCGCAACUCAGUUGAAGGACAUAAUGGAGAAUCUACAGCCCAAGUCUCACAACAACGAGAAGUUCAACACGCUGUAUGCUCAGGUCGAGACGUUUCUUAAUACCGACACCAUGCCCGAGAGUUCACGUUCCUCGUCGGUAAAUGUGGACAAUGAUCGGAAUCAAUUAAGCAUAGAUCAAGCCGAUAUAGUGGGUGUGAAUGACUCUUUGACUGAUAAUCAGACUGGCACAAAUGAGGAUACUGGUGCCUCGUCGAUGCAAGGAGCCAUACCUCAACAGAACACGGAGAUCGGCUCAAACUCCAACUCUUCCUCGGUCAUGAGGAAAGAUGGGCUCUCGCAAGUAAUUGAACAAUUCGAACCUGGUGUCUACAUUACUGUCGAUGCUCUUCCUAAUGGUGUCAAGGCCUUCAAGCGCGUCCGAUUCAGCAAAAGGAGAUUUGCUGAGCAGCAAGCAGAAGAAUGGUGGAACCAAAACAAAGAUAGGGUGUUCAAGAAGUACCCGCCAUUGAUGACAAGCAUUAGCCAGGCAGGAACAUCUAGCAAUCCAUCAAAUGCCGGAGAAAAUAACGACGUGGCUCAAUCUUCAGAAUAUUGAUUCACUUAUGUUCCUUUUUCUUUUCCUUGGUACUAUAGGAUGCUGAUAUUAAUUCAGGAUUAGCUUGUAGAGGAAAAAAAGAGAAUCCGAAAUAUAUUAGGCAACAAGCACAGUGCAUCCCUGAAGUAGUUUGACCCUGAAUUAUGAACAUGGGUUGAUAGAGAAUUAAAAGAUAGAUACUCUCAGAAAUAGCACGUCUUGAAGUUUCUUCAACAUUUAGCUGUUGAACCCUUUGUCUGGGUUUGGCCUUUUUCCCCC